CUCAAAGCGAACAGAUCUUUCCGCAGCACUCAGAUCUAUCUCUCAGAUACGUUUAGUAACUUCUAGAGAAUCUAUUCAAUGGCCGAGAUACUUUUUCCACAACUGGAGCGUCCUUUGCCUUCGCUACCAUCGCUGCAUUAUACUCUAUUCGCCUACAGGGAGGAAUUGCGACGACGUGAUGCUCCAUUCAUGAAGAUGUCCACCAUUAAACUUCAUCUCACGGACAAUCUGAUUCUGCAGACGAUCAAGAAUAUCCGGCAGUACGACACCAUGGAGAUCAUGAAUCUCAACCAGGAGAUCAACUUCAAGCGACGGUUGACCAAACAGAUGAGAAAGGUGCGCAAACUGGAGAAACUCGGCCUGAACAUCGAUCCCCGAAAACUCGAGACCGGCCAAUGGCUCUAAACUUAGACUUUAUGGAACCUUAAACUCUUUACUUAAAUCCUUUCGUAUAUCAUAUAAACACCCAACUAUUCUUACAUACUCUGAGCAUGUGAAAUUAGAUUGUAAGCAAAAUUCCUCAAGUUUUUAAAACUCAA